AACUGAUUCAUCAUGACAAUCGUAGGAAUAAAAUUAUAGAAUUGUUUGAUUCGAACGGUCUUUUUAGAAUGUAAAAUCCAUACAUUAUGGCAUAUCAUUCAGGCUAUUCAUCAAAAAUUUUGGUAUCAAAUAUUCCAAAUAAUUUUUCAAAAUCGAAACUGAAGUUGAAAUUAGAACAAUUUGGUGAUCGAGGCUGUAUUGAAGACUAUGAACAAAUCAAAGAUAAUCUUGUGAAGAUAACAGUAUCGGAUAUUAGAGCUCAACGAAAGUUGUUGAAUUCACGAAUUUUUGUGACAUUCGGUGGGCGAAACCAUGAACUGAAAUUGGAAAAUGUGGACGAUGAUGAUGAGGAAGAUGAUGUCGACACUGAGAUUUAUAUUUUUGAAGAAUCUGAAUUCUAUCCCAAGCCAGUAUUGAACUACUUGAGUAGAAAUCAAAAACACAGGAAAGCAUUGGAAAAAAUGUUGACUGAACACAAUAUGAGGUUGUUGGAUAUCUCAGGCGAAAAAAUUGAAGUUCAAGUAAUACAGAAUGCCAGAGGAUUUAUCAAAAGUGAAGAAGAUUGUGGAGAAUGUAUACAAAGAUUUCUUGAAUUAUAUUCUUUCUGGAAUGAGAAGCUUGAAAAUUGUUCUGUUGCUGAUGUCAAACAUAUCAAAACAGUUCUUGCAAGUUAUAAAGAACAAUGUUUUGGCAGUUGGUUCAAUGAUUCAUCAACUAUCCUUGUCACUGGGCCGGAGACUAUUGUUGAAGAGGUUCAGAAUUCGAUAAAUGGUCAUUUAGAGAAAUCACCCAAGAAAAUACAACUUCCGGCAAAUUCUACUGCACAGCCUUUUAAUUAUGAAGAUGUUGAACCUGCGAUCAUGCGCUUUGUUUCGUUUGGAAAAACUUACAAGCAUCAGUUGUCCGUAUGUUUAAUUGGUUUAGCCAAUGCCGAAAUUGUUAAAAAAGAACAAACUUUAACAGUUCAUGUUUCUCCUACCCAGAUGUCACAUGCCAAACUACAUAUGGAUUUUGAAAAUGAGUGCAGAAUGAGGUUGGUGCAGUUCUUUAGGCAGUUUUCUGUGUGGAGAGGAAAAUUUGACCUGACUAUAAUAGCUAGACAAAAGCCUCACCAACCUGAUUUAUUUCAAACCAAAAAUUUCCAAGGUUGUUUUGUGCAGUGGUUUACUAAUACUGGUACCGUGAAUGUUGUCGGUGUAUCUCGCCAAGUGCAAAUUUAUCGAAACAGAAUAGAAAAUAUACUGGGUUCUUCGAAAAUACGUUCAUCAUCAGAGAGUGAAGCUUUUCAGCCUCCCGUUCAGAUGCCGCUAACAUUUCCUUCACAACAAGAGAUGCAUGUUCCAUUUAUACAUCCCCAUCAUUCUGGUGUUCCUGUCCAGACUUUGCAUCAUUUACCAGUAUCACCAACAAGUGGGGUUAGACAAAGGCACCACUCGGAAAGAUCACGCAGAUUGUCAUGGGGUGAUUUCGGUGAUGAAUCAUCAUCUUCUUCAAAAGCUGAUUCUACGACUUCUGUACAAUUUGAUACAAAAGAUUAUAAACCUGCAGUAUUGAAGUUUGUUUUCAACGACGCUGGUGCUAAAAAAGAUCUUGGAUCGUGUUGUGGUAAAUUUGCAAAAGUGUCAAUCACCAAUGAUCAAGGACAGAUUAAAGUUCACAUCUCUUUCAGAAAAAAGCAUCCCAGUGAUGUUGAUAAAUCAAGAGCUUGGGAACAAGUUGGCAACUACUUUGACCAAUUUUCGGCAGAAACAAAUAAAUAUAAUGUCGAUAAAAUGGAAAGUGUCAUGAGAGAUUUUCCUAAAUUGUUCUGUAAAGAACCUGGUGUUUUUGUGCAGGCUUUCCCUAGUACUGGAACAAUUAAAUAUGCAGGUUUGAAAGAAAAAGUGGAAGAAAGAAUUGAAGACAUAGAUUAUGAAAUUAAAAGUGAAAAAAGGGCAAAAACCCUACCCGUAGAUGUGUUCAUUGCUCAAAGGGAAUGUGAUCUUUGGAAAAAAACUGAGCAGAAAUGCCGCAAUAAAGGACAUCGUGUAUCAAUUCAACCAUCUGAGGAUGGAAAAAUUAUAUACAAAGGAGAGUUGAUUGCGAUACAGCUGGCUGAAAAAACUUUAGGAGAGCUGACCACGAAAACUAUUCAAAAACCAGUUGAAGAUGUUACAUCAGAUCAGUUGGCUUUUCUCAAAAAAUGUGAAAAUUCACAGCAAAAGUCACUGAGUACAAAGAAAAAUAUUCUUGAUGGCUUAUACAGGCAAUUUAAAAAGGAAAAUGUCAAAGGGUCUUUAGCCUUUGUAAAUUCUGACAUUAGUUUGUUUGCUGUCAAUAAUAUCCAUUGGCAAAAAGCAAAUGGAUUUUUGAAGAAAUCUAUAAGGGAAUUUGAUAUAUCGCCUGCUGACCAUCAGAAAGAUGCUCCAUUUUCUGAAGUGGUUGCCAACUUGAAAAAAGCUUUCAGAGAUGAAAUUGUUCAUAUGAAAUCUGAGCGAGAUGCAAGAAAAAUUAUUGUGUUUUGCUUCAACUUCCAAUAUGCCCAAAUGAGGAUGGACGUGAUUAAAACAAUUGAGCAAAUGGGUGAAAUGAAUGACAUAAAAAAAUUCUACCCAAUGUCAAAAGAAAUUGCUGUACAUGUUGCCAGCCAUUGUAAAAUCGACAAAGCAAAGUCUGUUAAAUUAGUGACUGAAAGUACAAAACCUGGGUUGCUUGUCACAUUUGAACAAGAGGACAUUGAUACUGUCGAUAUGGAGUUUGAAGAUUUGGAAAAAGAGAUUAAAAAAAUUGAAAAACAAAUCACUGGUUAUUCUUUGUAUGAGUAUUUAUCUGGAGAUGGUAAAGCUUGUCUACAAAUUACAGAGCACGAGACAAAAUGUUCAAUAGUUCUCAAUCCAAUAGGACAGAAAAAUCAUAAUAGUUUGGUAUCUGUCAAAAUCGGUGAUAUUGUUCUUGAAAAAUGUGACGCGAUUGUCAUUAGUACAGGAAAAAAGAUAAGCUUUUCAGGUCAAGUCUCAAUAGCUCUCGAAAGGAAGUUUGGAACUACUGUAAUGCAUCAUGUUCUUGAAAAGGUUUAUUGGAUUAUUCAAGAUCAACUUUGUGUUUGUCCUACAAAUGGUCUGUUGCCAUGGAAAUAUAUCUUCUGCAUUGCAACCCCAUCUUAUAAGAAUGAACUAACAAAGGCAAUUUUGGAUCUAUUAACAGUAGCAGACAGGUUUUGUCUACAAAGCUUAGCUCUGCCUACGAUUGGGACAGGUAAUAUGGGAUUGGAUUCUGGAGUUGUUGCUUCAUGCAUGAAAGAGGCAUUUCCACAGUUUGUAGCUCAAAACAAAGUCUUAAAAGAUAUCAGAGUUAUAGUUUAUGAGUCAUCUCAAUUACCUGUAUUUCAAGAUGUAACCCCGAGACAAGGUCUAACUAAGUCAACAGGAAUUGAUGUGAAGAUUUAUGGAAACAGUAAAAAAUGUUUAGAGGAGGCCUAUGAGAAACUUCAAGAAGUUUGUGAUAAAAGCAUCAAAACUUCCAUUAUCAAAAGCACGCAACAAAACUUUUACAGUUUUGAAAAAUCAGAGAUACAAAAAGUUUGUGAUGAUAAUGAUGUUUUACUCGAAUGGAAGCGAGCCACGUUAGUUGAGGAAUGCCAUAUUCAAGGUCUACUUGUUAAUGUCACAAAAACUGAAGACAUAAUUAACAAGAAACUAGAAGCAGAAUAUCCUCAAAACUGGAGUUCAAUGCCAAGUAACCAGAAAUUUAUUCGAAUUAAACUGAAUAAAUAUUUGCCUGAAUAUCUUGAAGUAAAACAAAAAUUUGAAGAAAGUCGACCAUUAUAUUCCAAAUUGAUUAAGAUUGAACGAGUUCAAAAUAGAUUUUUGUAUUCCCAAUUCAAACAUCUUGAAAAUGCUAAAAAAGCGGAGUAUUCUGGUAGGAGCAUGAUAAUUACCAGGCAAUUGUUUCAUGGAACUUCUGUAGACAAGGUUGAUAAAAUUUGUGCAUCUGGAUUCGACAGAAACUUUGCCGGAGAGCAUGGUACAGCAUAUGGGCGCGGUAUGUAUUUUGCAGUCAAGUCUCAAUAUUCUGUGAGAUAUUGUAAAGAUAUUCCAAAAUAUAUGUUCCUCUCAGAAGUAAUAACUGGGGAUUACAUUCUUGGAAAUUCAACAUACAAAGCUCCUCCAGAGAAAAGUCAAUCUACAAGAUAUGAUAGUUGUGUAGACGACCAAUCAAGCCCAAAUAUUUUUGUUGUUUUCCCAGAUUCAAGUGUUUAUCCUUCAUAUGUAAUUACUUUUCAGUAACAUAAUUGUGUAUUCUAGUUUUAGACAACUUAUAAUUGUAAGUAGCUAUGUAUCUAUGGUAGCAUAUGCUAAAUCUUAAAUUAAUUAAAUAAUAUCUUAAUAUGAUUAGCCCACAUAGAAAAUAAUUGGCAUGGUUAAUAACAAUAUAUGAGAUACCACACACAUAACAGGGUAGAAAUUAUUCACAUGAAGAAAUACACACAUAGAUAAAAAUUACUCCUCAUUCGGAAAUAAGGCCAUUCGUAUACUGCAAUCCCGAAAUUGAAACUUCUUGUACGUUUGAAAAUAGCGCCUUGAUUUAUUCGCCUUAUAUAAACAUUGUAGAGAUGUAAUCUAUUUGUAUUGAAUGUAACCCUUUAUGCAACCGCAUAUAGUACCAACAGCGAAGCUUUGCUAAUUCUUCUCACUCUUCCUUGUAUGGUUCGCCCAGUACGGUUGAGUAAAUUUUAAACAUUAGCUACAAUAUUAUUUGUACUUAGUUUAAAUGAUAAUUUGAAAUAUAAAACAGCAUGAAAAAGUAAGUAGGCAUUCUCAUUUUUAGGGUAAUGUUAUGUUUGUCAUAAUUACUCUAAUUUAUUAGUCACACACAUGCCUAACUAGACAUGAUACUUCAGACUAACAGAGUUUAUAUAUAACUCAGUAACUCGUUUACUAACGAAGAUUGUACAAAUGAGCACUGAGUAACCUCUACAUUCCUAUUUUGUCACAGUAUCGAUUUUGGGGCCAAAUAUUUUGACCACAUUUUUAAAUCGUCAUAUAAAAAUGUGAGGCAAAUAGUUCAAGUUCCUGCGUGCUUUGUAUGUUAUGUAACCACUGUUGAAUGUAUGAUAUGCAACUAAUCAACUUACCUACUCUUCAAUAUUUUAUGUUUCAAUUUUAUGUAAUGUAGCAUUCUGUGUAGUGUAUUAAAUACUUAUGUGUAUACACAUACAAUCGUGCUCGUUCAUGUUAUCUCAUGCGAAGAUUUCUAUUCAGUUACAUACAAAAUAAUGUUUCAAAAAUAAUAAAUACUGGCUAUUAAGAUAAGAGCAAGGGUGGCCGACAACUUAGCGUAACUUCAAGUUCUAUGUUUUAUUUACCACUUUUAUGUAUUGCAGUAUUUAAAUUACUUCAUCCAUUUACACUUAUAAUUUCGUUUGUUCCCCUUUUUAAUCACAAUGGUUCAGUUUAUUUGCAUGCAAAAUAAUGUUUGAAAGGCAAUAAAGCUAACUGAUAACUUUU